CCCCAAUAUUAGGAUCUCAUUCCCGCUCAGGUAGUACAGAGUUUCCGUGCAACCUAUGGCGGGGGAAGAUGUUGUGGCUGACGUGGCAGAGGUAUCCGACGUGUCAGGCAUGGUACCGCAGGGGGGCAAUGCCCUUAAUCUCAUGGAUGUCAGUGAUGAUCUCCUUGAUCUGAUGACAAAGCCGCUAGGUGCUAUAGACUAUCUCAUAUUUGGCUGCGUCUGCAAAAGAUGGAGAUCGUAUGUUGCAGAGUUUAGGCAAAAGUUUAUGGCAUCCCAACCUCCACUUGUUGUCUUAUUAUCACUGUAUGCUAGAAAAUAUUGUUACUUCUAUAGCAUCUUUGAUCAAAGUUUGUACAAGGUAACACUGCCAGAUCUUUUUGGCAAGAGAUGUUCUCGUGUCUGUUGUGGGUACUUUGUCAUGGAAGACAGGAUUGAAACUGUUAAUUCUCAUAUUUGGCUUUUGCAUCCUUUUACAGGACAUGAACUCCAUUUUCCUAGACCUUCUAAUCAAUAUUUUUUUGUCAUCCUUGCGUCUUUAGCAACUCCUUCGCAGGAGUUUGUAAUCAUAGCUAUUGGUGGACAAUUUUUACAGUACUAUAAAUCCACAGAUGUCAUGUGGACUGCCUAUGAUUAUACUGACAUAUUCAAGGGCACUCCCAUGGAUGGUAAGCGGUGGUUUCUAGGUGGAGUUGUCUUCAAGGGUAAGAUAUACUUGUUAACCAAUCAUGGUGAAAUUGGGGUAAUACGAAAACUGAAUCCCCACCCUUAUGUGACCAUGCUGGAAAUAGAAAGCAUUGGAUAUAGCAGCUUUGAAGUUAACCUACAGUUGCUUGCUAUAGAUGACAAGCUCUUGAUCAUUUGUAGAAAUGGACUACAAAUUCAAAGAGAGCAAUUUCAAGUUUUUGAGCUAAAUUUUUCGAUGAUGAAAUGGGUGAAGAUGGAGAACUUCAAUGAUCAAGCUUUGUUUCUGAGGCAUAGGAGCUCUGGAUUUAGCAACGUAUCCAAAUGGAGUGGUAGCCGACAGCCUAUGAAUUGCAUAUACAAUCUUGGAAUUUCAGAUGGGAUAUGCACCUUACAUUUCCUGGAUGAUAGAGAUCCCAAGCCUUUCCCGAGUCCUCCCCCUCAACCUAUCACACGUGCUUCCUCAGGUGCUCCGUUCUGGCAUUUUCCAAAUCUUUCUGGCAGUGUGGAUGCUCUCUAUGAGGACUAGUCAGGGUUUCUUAUUGUUCAUGCACCCUACUUAAUCAUUUUGGCAACACUUUGAAGGCUAUACAUAUUUUUUUGCUUUUCAUUUCCCUUAUCAAUACCUCAUGGGUUAUCAUUGAAGAGAUUUCCUACGAGGAUAACUGGGGCCCCUUUCUUCAUUUUCAUAUUUUUGUCUUUCAGAUGUUUAAGGUUUUGUUGUCUGGUGUGUUUCUAUUUUGCUUUUUGUUGUGUCCCAAAUAAUGAACAGCUUUUGAUGUAAAUUUUUAAUUUUUUUUUUUCAUAUUCCUAUUACCAUAUGUCAUUUAAUUUAUAUGGGGAUUUAUUAUUUCAAUAUGUCAUCUGCUAGAAAUGGUGCAUGCUUGAUAAUUUUUUUUGUAUUUGUGUACAAAGUGUGGGUACGAUAUGUUUGAAGAAAUGUUAGACUAGAAUUUAUGUUUCACUUAUUGUGAGAUUUUGUAAUUGUCCCUAAAAAACAAAAUGUAGCUCAAUAAUCAGUAAUGCUAUGCCUUACACCUCAAAGGAUGUUUUAAGUUUUACAUAUGUGUGGAGUUUUGCACUUCUUUGAUAGGUAUUGCCUGAUAGAGGUGAAGAUUUUUUGUCCUAAAAUCUUC